AUGGCAGAUGCUAGUCCCGAUAUCCAGCCCGAGACGCAGCCUGAGCUCAACUUGGAGAACGUUCUGGGCGACAUCAAAUUUGGCCUGUGGUCGCUGUUCAACAACCCCGAGUUCUCCGUGCCAAUUGCCGUCCUGCUGACCGUCGCAGAGUCGCUUGUUCUCAAGGCCGUGAUCCACUUUGUGCCCUACACCGAGAUCGACUACAGCACGCCCAAUUGUGUAUCCCGGCGGACAUGUCUACAUAUACUCGUGGAUGAAGUGGUUCACCAACGGGAUGGACAACGUACACGUUGGCCAGCAGAUUUUCCGGUAUCUGUAUCUGGCGACGUUUGUGCUGACGCUGGUGGCGUAUUUCCAGACAAACGUGCGGCUCAAGCCGUACGUGCUGUAUUUUCUAUGUCUGUCCAAACGGUUGCACUCGAUCUACGUGCUGCGGCUUUUCAACGACUGUUUUGCCACGUUUUUGAUGGUGGCCACGAUCGUGGUUCUGCAGCAGGCCGCGGUCUUGCGGCGCCGCAAGAGCGUUCUGGGCGUCGUGCUCACCUUCUUCAGCGCACAGCUGUUCAGCUCCGCCGUCAGCGUCAAGAUGAACGCUCUGCUGUACCUGCCGGGCUACCUGGUGGUGGUGUACAUGAUUCUGGGCGAGAACCUGCUGCACACGCUCGCGGUGGCUGGUUUCGGGUGUGCGGUGCAAGCAGGCAUCAACUGGAACUUCCUGGCGGCCUCGGAGUCCACAAGAGCACACUUCCUGCGGAACGCGUUCGACUUCAGCCGUGCGUUCCUGUAUCGCUGGACGGUCAACUGGAAAUUCGUGCCGGAGCCCGUUUUCCGCAGCCGCGAGUUCCACACGUCGCUGCUGCUCGCGCAGACGGCCGCGCUCACGUUUUUCGCGGUGUGCAAGUGGACCAAUAA